AUGUCUCUCGUCGACCGCCUCGCCUCCCAGGACACCCUCCAGCUCCUCUCCACCGCCACCUCCAUCUCCCUCAUAGGCGCACUCAGCCAGAGCGGUACAAGCACCUACAACUUUCCUCUCUUUUUAUUCGGCAUCAUCGCGCACGAACAGAAGAGCUCAAACACCGCCUUCCGUCAAUUCCUCAUCCUCCUCCCAAUCACCGGAUUUCUCGAUCUAUUCACCCUUCUCGUCAGAUCGCAAUCGUCCAUCCUCACCUGGCUUGCCAUCGUUCUGGUAACGCUCCUCAAAGUCCCCCUGUGGUUCAGCGGCGGGGCCGCCCUGAGGGAGAGAGGCGGAGAGCUCGGUGGGUUUGGAGGUGUCGGUCUCCCUGGGGGCGGGGCCAAUAAUAGUGCUGGGCAGGGAAAUUGGAACCUUCCCAUGCCCGGCAGUUUCGCCGGAGCGAUGCCCAGAGUGUUCUCGGACAAUGGGAACGGCAGUGGUACUACCCAGCCUGCCUCCAACAACAAUGGCGCAGGUCAAGCUCAGACCCAGCCGUCGGGGCAGUUCCCUACGAGCGGUGGAUUCAGGCUGGGCGGGGAAGACGAUGAGGGUCAGGGUCAUGCUGCUGGCCAGCCCGGUAGGAAUGGAUAUCAGACCAUCGGCUAG